AUGGAAGUGUGCCAAGAUCUCUUGGGCCUCUCUCGUGGUGCCUGCAACAACUGCGACUGCCCUGGCUUCUUACGGCAUGUGCAUCGCACUGAGCUCGAGACAGCUGCAUGUCCUGCGUAUCCAGUGUGUUCGCCCACAUUUCGAUGUGCUCGCUGCAGCUGCCUUUCCAAGUUCCACGCCGUCGCGUCAACGCUUGGACCAGACACCGCCGUGGACACCUCCGCGCCCGUGGCGUCCACGGGCGGUACGCGUGGCGGGCAGUGGAAGGUGGGCGAUCUGGUACAAGUGGAGAGCUCGCAGCGCUGGGCAUUGCUUUUGCAGACGCCCUCGGACGAGUGUGUGGUGGAGCUGUUGGGGGAAGAAGGGAGCCAGGUCAGCUACCCCUCGACGUCACUCACACGGGAGGAGGAUGGCCCUUGGUCUCCUCCAGAGAUCAUUUCUGACUUUGAGAAAGAGGAGAACUUCAAGGACCUGGUCUUCCAGCCUGAGGCUUUGCGCCCCUUGAUCCCGGCGCUGAAGCGCCGCCGCUGCAAGAUCUCGGUGCUUGGUGGGUCCAUCUCCUUGCAAAGUCGUGGCUACCGGCCCAACUUGCUUCGGGCACUGGAGCGAAGAGGGGUGGUGGUGGACGACCUCGCGGCCGCCGUCGGCACCGCCGGAAGCCGCGCCCUGGCGUUGGUGGUCAAUGACCUGGUCACGACGAAGCAACCCGAUCUGCUGAUCAUCGAGGUCGCGGUCAAUGACGGCGACGACCUGCUCGAAAGCACCACGAAGCACGGACGCCCCCAGCACGCGCGCCCGGUGCUGGCGGCGGCCGAGGGCCUCGUCCGGACGGUGCGGCGGGCGUGUCCGCAGACGGCUAUUAUCUUUCUAGAGAUGUUCCUUCGCGACGAUGCCGCCGCGCGCGUGCUGAAGACUGGUUCGGAAGCCUGGAAGGACUCCUCAGUGGACGAGGCCAUUGGAUGGUACCACGAGGUGGCACCCCGCUUGCAUCGACACCUUUGCCGAAGUUAUGGUCUUUGCCAGAUCGAUUUAGUCCCUGCCUUCCGGUCCUUGAGUCUCGACGAUCGCCAGUCACUGGGCCUGCGCUUUGGGGAGCGGAGCGGAGGGGUCCCGGUCGACCGGGCGAAGACCUUCGGUGUGAAGGUUCCAGGAGGUUCCAGCCGAUGUGAUGUGGCACCGGGCACCCGAGGAUGUGAUGCGGAGGGUCUUGGUCCGGGUCUUCAUGGGACGCAGAUGGACGAAGAGGAGGGCCGGAGGAGCGAUGCCUUGGUGGAAUCCUGA